ACAUCGCUAUGUCAUAACACCUGCGGUUGCCCCCAGGAGUAUUUUAAAUUGAAAAUUAUUAAAUAAAAUGAACCUGGGACGACUACUGACACCUUUCCAGGUGAGCACUGCACUGGCCCGCAACUAUGGAAAGCACAACAAGAAGUAUCUGUACAAGGAUGGCAAGAAAUACGAAGGAAUUAUAUACUACCCCAGAUUUCCCGACCAUCAGGAUCCGCCCAUAGAGCCCGCCAAACUGUUUCGCGUGCAGCGCAUCAAGCCGGUGAAGGGGAAUCCCUUCUGGGAGAAGCGCAUCCUCAAAGACCUGGGCCUGGAUGGCAAACAGAGCGACUUCACGGUGGUCAAGAACAUACCCGAGAACAAUGCCCGCCUGUGGAAGAUCAAGCAUUUAAUUAAGGUCACACCGGUGACGUUUCCGUACGGCGAGCCAACAGCACAGGAUGUCAAGCACACGAUACUCAAGGAGAAUGGCGAGUGUCUGGUCACCAAGGACAUUGGGCCCGUGGCAGUGCGCACAGAGGCACGCGAGGCCUUCGACCAGCAACCGAAGCGCCUGGACACGGAUCUGCUCAGGAAGGAUUCCCGUCUGAAGUGGCUCAAUCCCUGGUAAA